UAAAGAGUAAGUUAAAUCGAGAUUAAAAUUAAUCUAUAUUGAUAAAAAUAUUUCCAUGGUUCGCGAGAAACUUUCAUCUUAUGAUUAUAUUAUGUAAUUCGAAGAAACUUAGGAUUCGAUAAUUCAAUUAACGAGCAAUCAUUUCUAGAUGCUCAGAAUGAAUCUGCGACACUUUAUAGAUCCAAAGAAGCGACGUUGUUCCACGUUCGCCGUGCACACGAUAUGCAUAUCUCGACAAUUUCGUAAUAAUAAUAUCCAAUACUGAUCGCCGAAAGGUCAGAUUCCGAAAAACGACCGAGUUUUCGACAUAACUGCCACGUGUUUUCGCAGUGAUCCACUAUCGAGAAUUCAUUUAACGGAAAUGUUUAGAUUAUCUCUUGCAGUAAAUAAAUCUAAAUAUAUGCGAUCACAAUAAAAGAUACGUCUGAUUAAUUUAAUAAAACUCACCAUGACGAAGAAGAGGACGUUCUCUCGCUUUCUUUCCCUUGAACAAAAUGAUUUUCUUGCUUCUCGUCACGCAGGUGUUCGUCAUUUUGGCGCUGAUAGCCGGCGUUCUUGCGGCGCCGCAAGGCGAUAUCACGAUCGUGAAGCAGGAGGAGGUGAACAACAUAGGGGUAGGUGGGUACCAUUUCAGUUAUGAGCAGAGCGACGGGCAAAAGAGGGAGGAGACGGCGGAGCUGAAGAACGAGGGCACCGACGACGAGCAUCUCGCCGUCGUUGGUAGUUUCAGUUUCGUCGCGCCGGACGGACAUACAUAUAGGGUCGAUUACACCGCGGACGAGAACGGAUUCCAUCCAACUAUCAAUCUCGUCGCAAAGUAAGCGGGCUCGAGGACUUACAUCACCUCAGGUCGUCGACGUACACGCUCGUGUAAUUUACACACGAAUUAGGAUACUUCUAAUCGUAUGACACUGCAAGCUAGGCACGCGAUUCACCGAUCGGGGGGGGGGGG